AUGGAUGUCAAGUCUGCUUUUCUGAACGGUAUACUUGAAGAGGAGCUAUAUGUUGAACAACCAGAUGGAUAUAUAGAAAAAGUCCAAGAAAAUUGUCACAAGUUACACAAAUCCUUGUAUGGGUUGAAGCAAGAACCACAUACUUGGUACACACGGAUUGAUACUUACUUCAUCAACAAUGAUUUUGAAAAGUGUCCAUGUGAGCAUACACUUUAUAUGAAGACUGAUUCUCAAAAUAAUAUGAUCAUUCUAUGUUUAUAUGUUGAUGAUCUUAUCUUCUUGAGCAACAAUAAUGAAAUGGUUAAGGAAUUUAUGGAGGCCAUGAUAAGAGAAUUCGAGAUGACUGAUCUAGGUCUAAUGUCUUACUUUCUAGGACUUGAAGUUCUUCAACCAGAAGAUGGAAUUUUUGUUUCACAACAAAGAUAUGCAAAGGAGAUUCUGAAGCGAUUUAAGAUGAAUGACUGUAAACCUAUUUUAACUCCUGUUGAAAGCAGAUUAAAACUUACAAAAGAAGGAACUGGUGAACUUGUAAAUCCAACAGAUUUUAAGUGUUUGCUGGGAAGUUUACGUUACUUAAUUUCUACUAGACCAGAUAUUGUUUUUGGAGUAAGGUUGUUCAGCCGGUUCAUGGAAUCUCCUAAACAAUCUCAUCUGCAAGCUGCAAAAAGCAUUUUAAGGUACAUUUGUGGAACAAUUGAUUACGGAAUUUUUUAUAAUUCUACAGAAACUAUGAAUUUAGUUGAAUAUACUGACAAUGAUUGGGUUGGAGAUAUUGAAGAGAGGAAAAGUACUUCAGGAUUUGCUUUUGAUAUAGGAUCUGGGUAUUUUUCAUGGUCAUCUAAGAAACAACAAGUAGUUGCGCUCUGCAGCUUCAUGUGCUGCACAUGCAGUUUGGUUAAGAAGAAUGCUGAAAUCUCUUUAUCAUGA